GGCUGGGGGGGUGCUGGAGCCUGCACGGGCAACCCUUACGCCUACGGCGGCCACUGCGCCCCGUCACAUCUAUUGGAUUUCUCUGGAGUGACCACAGCAAUAUUUCAAGCCCUUGAGAUCUUCUAGAACCUUGCCACCUCCCUGCAUCAAGAGACUUGUUUUGUGGCCUAAGAUAUGGUUUAUUCUGGAGCAUGUCCCAUGUACUGAUGAAAACAGUAUGUCUUCUGCAGCAGCUUGGUCUGGAGAGCCGCCUUAGACUCUCCAGUGAGUCUGUUCAAACAACUGCCUCUGUUACCCUGACUUGUCUCAGAUUUCAUCGACCUCGAUGAGUCCUGGCACUAGUAAUGUCAUAGAAACUGCCACUGAGCCUGACAGAGUUGGUACUCAAAAAUGCAGAAUGGGAAGAAACGGUGGCCAGGAGGGGCCUCCGGGGACACUCCUGACCAUUCUGAAGAAGAUGAAGCAGAAAGAGCAGGAGGUGCGACUGCUCAUGCUUGGCCUGCACAAUGCUGGGAAGACAACCAUCCUGAAGAAUUUCAACAGGGAGGACGUCGACACGAUCUCCCUGACACUGGGCUUCAACAUCAAGACCCUGGAGCACCGAGGAUUCAAGCUGAACAUCUGGGAUGUGGGCGGCCAAAAGUCUCUGCGAUCCUACUGGCAAAACUACUUUGAGAGCACCGACGGCCUCAUCUGGGUGGUGGACAGCGUGGACCACCAGCACAUGCAGGACUGCCAGCGGGAGCUCCACAGCUUGCUGCUGGAGGAGCGCCUGGACGAGCGCCUGGACAGAGCAAUCCUCCUCAUCUUUGCCAACAAGCAGGACCUGCCUAGAGCACUGUCCUCUAACGCCAUCUGUGAGGCCCUGGAGCUGGACUCUAUCCACAGCCACCACUGGUGCAUCCAGAGCUACAGCGCCGUCACUGGAGAGAACCUGCUGCAGGGCACUGACUGGCUCCCGGAUGACAUUUCCAGCGGAAUCUUCACAGCUGAAUGAGCCACUUCAGAUGCCCGCCACCUAGUAGUCUAGGUUCCCCAACCCUCACCAAACACUAUCCACAGGGGGAUGGGAGUCAGACUAACACUCCCCCUCCUCUACCCCUAACCUGCUGCUGCUACUGCUGCCCGCUGCUGCUCUGUGGCGGGAGGGCUGUGCCCUGGCUGUCUCCCUUGCUCCUGACCUGGCCUUUGGCUGCCAUAUCAAGAAGAGAGGGCUAGGCAGGCGGAAGCUGCCUCUGCUGCUACCGAGGCUGUGGGCCUCAUCCUUCGCUCAGCUGUGAAAUAAAUCACUCCUUGUCCUGGAAAAAAAAAU